CCUUGCUCAUGCAAAAGACAAAUCUCAAAAAGAUCAAGCGAAGCUCGAGAUAUGAAUGAAGACGUCUUCAUGAUUCUCAACCACGGGCAAUAGGGUUUUGAAUCUCCGAAUUAGGGAAGUUCGACCUUAAAGCAUUGUGGAGAGGCGCUUCGUUGUUUUCUUUCCAUUUUGAAACUCUGAGAAGAAGAAGCGACUUAUUUCCAGGCUUUACACGGGCUUUUCGCUGCUUUCUACCCCUCGUCUUAAUUGUUUGAGGAAGAUGGCCAAUGGAAAGGAGGAAUACAAUGAGCAGGAGGAGCUCCUCGACUAUGAGGAGGAGGAGGAAGCAGUGCCUGAUGCAGCAGCUCCUAAGGGCACAGAGGCGGUAAAAAAAGGGUAUGUGGGUAUUCACAGCUCAGGGUUCCGGGACUUUCUCCUCAAGCCUGAGCUGCUCAGGGCUAUCACGGAUUGCGGGUUUGAACAUCCAUCAGAGGUCCAACAUGAGUGCAUCCCUCAGGCUAUCUUGGGAAUGGAUGUGCUCUGCCAGGCCAAGUCUGGUAUGGGGAAGACUGCGGUCUUCGUGCUGGCCACCCUGCAGCAGAUAGAGCCCGUGGCAGGACAGGUUGGAGCCCUCAUUCUGGCACCAACUCGUGAGCUGGGUUUCCAGAUCUGUCACGAGUAUGAGCGCUUCUCCACCUACCUGCCGGAUGUGAAGGUAGCAGUUUUCUAUGGAGGGAUCCCCAUUACAGCCAACAAGAAGACUCUGAAGGACGAGCCGCCACAUAUUGUGGUGGGAACCCCCGGCCGUAUCCUGGCGUUGGUCAAGAGCGGUGACCUCAACCUGAAGCAGACAAGGCACUUCAUUCUGGACGAGUGCGACAAGAUGCUGGAGGGCCUAGACAUGAGGAAGGACGUGCAGGACAUCUUCAAGAGCACCCCCCACGACAAGCAGGUCAUGAUGUUUUCGGCGACGCUCAGCAAGGACAUCCGGCCGGUCUGCAAGAAGUUCAUGCAAGAUCCCAUGGAGAUCUACGUGGACGACGAGGCCAAGCUGACACUGCACGGCCUGGUUCAGCACUACAUCAAGCUGGAGGAGAAGGAGAAGAACCGCAAGCUGAACGACCUGCUGGACGCGCUCGACUUUAACCAGGUCGUCAUCUUCGUCAAGUCGGUGUCGCGCGCGGCGGAGCUCAACAAGCUGCUCGUGGAGUGCAACUUCCCGUCCAUCUGCAUCCACUCAGGACUCACGCAGGAGGAGAGGCUGAACCGGUACAAGAACUUCAAGGACGGCCUUAAGCGGAUCCUGGUGGCCACCGACCUCGUAGGGAGGGGUAUCGAUAUCGAGCGCGUCAACAUCGUGAUCAACUACGACAUGCCCGAGAACGCCGACUCAUACCUGCACAGGGUUGGCAGAGCGGGCCGUUUUGGUACCAAGGGGCUGGCCAUCACAUUUGUUGCUUCCGAGGAGGAUGUCAAGAUUCUGAACGACGUCCAGGAGAGGUUCGAGGUGGAUAUCAAGGAGCUGCCUGAACAGAUUGACACCUCCACCUACAUGCCUGCAUAACCGUCGCGCCUCACCAUCUGGGCUAGUGUCAUUGUUGUAUACUAGGGACUGCAGGAAAACAGUACCUCUUAUGGGGUCGAACAAAUUGGUCUUGAAUGAUUGUUGCUGAGAGCUAGAGCAAACGUGUUUUGUUCGGCGAGCAUAACUGCUUAAAUUCGAAAAGUUUACUAUUGUGGUUACUGUGGCUUGUUACAUGUGGCCUGAAUAUCAGUCAGUUCGACCUAGCUACUCCAUACAAAUGUCGUCUUGGGAUUCAGUGCAUAUGUAUCAUGCAAUGUCAUG